UGUCAUUGACUUUCAUUCCCUCUUGUGUAUAAAUAAUAAUUUGCAUAAUAAAAUAAUGAAUUUCACAAUUCUUUCACGAAUUCCUCGAUUUUUCACUAAUUCUUUAAAGAAUUCAGCAGCUAAACAAAAUCAAAAUAUAAGAAAUACAUCAACAAGAUGUCUUCAAAAAGUUGUCAUCAACCACAAACAACAUUCGCAAUCUGCAACAAAUUACAUCCCUCCGAUUGGUUUCCUCAUUGGAUUUAGUUUCUUUGAGAAAAAAGAUGAAGAAACUCCUGAGGAAAAACUCAUCAUGACUAUCAAACGUUCAAUACUUGCAAUACAACGUAAAGAAUAUGAUAAAGCCGAACAAAUGCUUCAUUUAGCUCUUCGAAUGGCCCAAGAUCUUCAGCAUAAGGAUGGAGUCACUUAUGUUUAUGAUAUUCUAGCCAAUUUGGCAAUGGAACGAGGACACUUUAAAAACGCCGAAAAGCUAUUUUCCGAUGUCAUGAAGAGGCUUUUCGCCAAUGGAGAAACAGAAGACAGUUUGAAAAUCAUUCACAUGAGUUCUAAAAUUGCUCAUAUGGCACAUUUGCAGGAGAACUUUGAAAAAGCCGCUCAAGGUUUCAAAUGGGCUUUGGAUAAACUGAAAAAACUUCCUGAUUCUGAAGAUGUGAAAGAAAUAAAAGCUAUAACCUCUGACUGGUAUGGACAAAUGCUUGUCGAACAACAGAAUUACAAAGAAGCAAUGAAGUGUUUUCACGAAGCUUAUGAUAUAUUUAUCGAGCGCUAUGGUGAAGCAUACUCUGAGCUUGUUCCGAUACUCAACAAUUUAAGUGUUGCAGCUUUAGGACUAGCAGACACAAAAUCAGCGAAAGAAUAUUUGAAACAAGCAUUGGAGCUUAUCAAGAAAAUCCCCGAAGCUACAAACGAAGGUGUUUUGCAAGCAAACUUGGGCUUAGUUUACCUUCACGAUGGACUUGUCGAACAAGCUAAAACCACAUGUGUUUAUGCCUAUAGGUUGGGAAAGCAAAUGAAGGAUGAUGAAUCUGUAGAACAAGCAAACUAUUGUUUAGAUGAAAUCAAAAAAGUUAUGAAAGAAUAAGUCUCAAUUUUUGUUAAUGCUGAAGUGAAGUUAAAUUUAUUAAUUAGUUAAAGAUUAAAUGUUGUGAUUUGAAGCUAGAUCAAUUUAGUUAAAAUUAAACUUGGUUAACUGACCAAUGGUUGAUCCUCUAA